AUCAAAGCACUUGUUAUAUUUUCAGUCACUUCUUCCUUACUUUCUCUUUCAGUCAUCCUUUUCUCGUAGUGCCAUUAUCACGGUCAAAAUAUUCUCUUCAUCAUAAUCAGUCAUUCCCCAGUUUCAAGGUAUUCCGAGUCGCUCCUUCAAUUUCGCGUCGCCUCCGUAUUUAGUCGCUGCCUUCCAGCGCCUAGUCGGCGCAACCGCAUUACCCUGUAGCAUCUGACAGUCAAAAGAGUCAACAUGACAGCACCACCAGCCAGACAGUGGGGAGUCACUCCGCCAAUUUCCACUGCUCUUCCUACACCUGAUGAGCUUGCCGCCAACGAUGAUUUGAUCUCCGAGCUGAAGGCGCAGAAUAAUUUCGAAAGUCCUGCAGAGACCGAACGCAGACAACAAGUCCUUCAACUCCUGCAGCGUGUCGCCAUUGAGUUCGUUAAAGUUGUUAGCCGCAAGAAGGGUCUCUCUCCCGCCGCCGUGGAGGCAGCUGGUGGCAAGGUUCUCACGUACGGCAGUUACCGUCUUGGAGUCUAUGGACCGGGAUCGGAUAUUGAUACGCUGGUCGUCGGGCCCAAGCAUGUCAUCAUCGACGACUUCUUCGCUGAUUUUCCCCCCGUGCUUGAAAGGAUGGCUCCAGCGGGAGCAAUCGAGAAAAUGACACCAGUCCCCGACGCGUUUGUCCCAAUCAUCAAAAUGGAACUAUCCGGCAUUAGUAUCGAUCUGAUCUUCGCACGCUUGAUUGUGCCAUCCGUGCCUAUGAGUCUCGACUUGAAGAACAAUGACUAUCUGCGAGGCUUGGAUGAGAAGGAAGUCCGGUCGCUCAACGGUACUCGUGUGACUGACCAGAUUCUGGAGCUCGUACCUCAGCAAAAAACAUUCCGGCUGGCCUUGCGUGCCAUUAAGCUCUGGGCACAGCAACGAGCCAUAUACGCUAAUGUUGUGGGGUUCCCCGGUGGUGUUGCUUGGGCAAUGCUUGUCGCCAGAGUCUGUCAACUCUACCCUCAGGCCACGGGGUCUGUGAUCGUCGGCAAGUUCUUUCGAAUCAUGACUAAGUGGGCCUGGCCCCAGCCUGUCUUAUUGAAGCCUAUUGAAGAUGGCCCCCUGCAAAUGAAAGUGUGGAAUCCGAAGAUUUACACCGGUGAUCGAUUUCAUUUAAUGCCCAUCAUUACACCUGCGUAUCCCUCCAUGUGCGCUACUCACAACGUUUCUGUGUCGACUAAAACUGUUAUUUUGCGCGAAUUACAGAGAGGUGGCGACAUAGUGGACAAAAUUUUCAUGAAACAGCUCAACUGGAGUGAUUUGUUCAAACGGCACACGUUCUUCACGCAGGAUUACAAGUAUUAUCUCAGCAUCACGGCGUCUAGUAGAACCAAGGAAGCAGAGUCAGUGUGGUCGGGUCUUGUGGAGUCAAAAAUUCGCCAUCUCGUCGGUGCCCUUGAUAGGAAGGCCACAAUCGCCGUCGCACAUCCAUUUCCCAAAGGUUUUGAGAGGGUGCAUAAAGUUUCUUCUGAAGAGGAAAUCGAGGCAGUCAAGAUUGGCUCUACUAAAUAUCAAGAUAGGGACAUCAAAACCGAGACCACCGAUGAGACGAAGGAUGCGGCCCACGAGGCCGCUGCGCAAAACGGUGCGGAAAACAAAGAGGUUCCAGCCGCGGAGCAGAAAGCGGCAGAGGACACUCGGGUCAUGUAUACGGCAACAUACUAUAUUGGCCUGGAGCUGAAACCACUCGAACCAGGUGCCUCACGGUCGUUGGACAUCUCCUCUGAUGCCCAGCUUUUCAAAUCUCUUUGCACCUCUUGGCCCGGAUACCAGCCUGGAGUCAUGGAUGUGGCGAUCACACAUGUUCGCAACUUCGACUUGCCCGACGAUGUUUUCCAGGCUGGAGAGAAGAAGCCUCUCCGCCCGAAGAAGAAGGUCAUCAAGAGGACCGACAUGAGCGGCCACAAGCGGAGCAUCGAAUCAUUGGACGACGCCUCCCAACCGGCUGCCAAGCGCCAGGUCACAUCCAACGGUGUCCCCAAUGGAGUGACUAGCAGUGCAACUACGCCCGCAUGAGGCGUGGUUCCGAGCAUCCGACAACACACAAUCCC